GCUUCACAGCCGUUUUCCCCGCGCUGUCAUCAAAAUUAACACAAAUAUAGCUCAUGCUGUUAUAAUUUUUUUAGUUUUGUGAGUCUGGAUUUGUACCGAAUUUUUGCUCUUCUCCUCGUUUCCAUUUACUCGUAACCGGAACAGACACCGCUUUUGCCAAACCAAACCUCCCCAAUUUUCUGAUUUUCCAUUUCAUCUUCUCCCUUCCACUCAAUCUCCAUAUUUUUACUUCUUGGGACAAUAAUCAAGAACAUGACAUUCUCACCAUGCUUCUGCAAUUGACCUUGUGGGUGAUAUUGGAAAUCUUCUUGGUUUUUGGUCUAGAGCUUCCUGAAUUUAUUGAACAAGCAUCAGUAACUUGUAGGGGAAACCUUCUGAUGUUUUGAAACCACGAUGAGUUCAGUAAUAAAGAGCAUCUUGAAAGGAUUAAGAUUCAUAGCACAAUUAUUUGAGUCAAAAGAAGAACCAGAAAUGCAAAUUGGUCUUCCCACAGAUGUAAAACACGUCUCUCACAUUGGAUUGGAUGGUUCAUCCGCCAAUGAGCCCAGCUGGAUGGCUGGGUUUAAAUCUGUGGAGGAAGUUGCAAAAGAGCCUUCGAAUUCAAGUUCAGAUACAAAGAAAAGUGAAAAGAAUUUGACCCCGGAAGGAAAUCAAGAUUCAAAGAAUCAGAAGCCAAAAACAAAGUCGAGAAGGAAAUCAUCGACUGGCAGCCUUGGCUCACCCUUAUGUUCCCCAAAGAUGGGAAUUGAAACCGAAUUUGAUUCCCCCAGAGGAAACCAGAAGUCAAAUCUUAGUAUUGAGUCAUCCUCUCAGGAUUCCGCUGGCAAUCCGAAACAAUCUCGCCGAAAAAAGACAAAGCAGCAUGCUGGAAGUGAGGCAGGACAGAAGAUGAAGAACAAACAAAAACAACAAAUAGAUUAAAGUUUGGAAGGAAAUGAAGAAAAGAAAAAAUGAGAUAGAAGUUCAGGAGGAAUAUAAAAAUUUGUAAAUUAUAAGUUUUAACAUAAAUACAUAAUUCUCUGUAUGAAAAAAGUGUAAUUGUGUUUAACUUCAUUGACCUUCGCUUGCCA